CAACAAUCUUACCUCUCCAACAACUAUUACACCUUACUCCAAAAUCAACUCUUUGAGACAGACCUCCAUUCACAAUGAAGUUCACCACCGCCAUUGCCCUCGCCAUGACUCUCGUCGGCGCCAACGCUACGCCCACUGAGGUUCACGACCGAGCUGCUCAAGCAUGCAGCUGCUCUCAUAACAACGACGCUGGCCGCUGGGGUACUGACGGUACCCCCGCCACUGCCAUCAGCAACCUCUGCCAGCAGGGAGGUGGUUGCGCCACCGGUAACGGAGGUGGCCAACUUUGCAUCUCUGGCGAUUUCGGACAAUGCGGUUGCGCAGUCAACUUUGCCAACCAGCAGCAGAGCCAGCACGGCGAUUGGUUCCUCUGGUCUAGUAUUACUUGCGGUGGAAUGUCCAUCACCAUGACAGCUUAGACGGCUUGAGAAGCACCGAGCCAUCCAUGGCAACCAGCCAUGGGUAAGCUAAACGAUAGCUGCCGGGGGGGAGUAUAUGCCGAGAGGGGGAGGGGGGAUAUAGUAGGCAUAGUCUAGAUGAGACUGCAAUAAAUUGGAGCUGAAAACCAC